GCGUAGAGACAGAGCACAAAGACAAGCCAAUGGAAGAAAAAAGCGAUUUUAUUUAUUUAUUUGUUAGUAUUAGGAAUUUAGGAUUUAGUAGUAACAUAUAUUAUUACUAAAAUAUUAAUUAAUUUUAAUUUAAGGAUUGAAUUGUGUGAGGCUCUCUUUUACUCAACACUGGGUUUUCAACGAACCAUUAAUAAUCAUUCAAUCCCAAUCAACCUUUUGAGAACACAUCUAUGAUUACUUCCAUAUACAUAUAAUAUCGUGGGGUGGGUCUAAAGAUCUAGUAAAAGUUCUAGUAUUCUCGUCUGAUCUGAGUGUGUGAAAAAAAGAUAUAAUAGUGGGACAAGCAAGCUAUCGCAGCACAAUCAUGGAUACCAUCGGUCAGUUGCAGAGGCAAUUUGUCGACUACACAUCAUCUUUAUAUCGUGAUGGUUUUUUGGAUGAUCAGUUUGCACAGCUUCAGAAACUGCAAGAUGAGAGUAACCCAGAUUUUGUUGUUGAAGUGGUGUCCCUUUUCUUUGACGAUUCUGAUAAGCUUCUCAAUAAUAUGGCCACUGCUCUACAACAACAAAUUGUAGACUAUAAACAGGUCGAUGCCCAUGUCCACCAGUUCAAGGGCAGUAGUUCCAGCGUAGGCGCACAGAGAAUCAAAAAUGUUUGUGUUGCCUUCAGAAAUUAUUGCGAGGAGAAAAACAUCGAAGGGUGUUUUACAUGUCUGCAACAAGUGAAACACGAGUACUAUCUCUUGAAGAGUAAGCUUGAAACUCUGUUCAGGCUGGAGCAACAAAUCUUGGCAGCUGGUGGGUCAGUUCCUAUGAUGGCAUAAAUAAUAUUUGUUUUCACCCCAUGCUGGCAGAAACAGAGAAGAUUAUGAAUUUUUGUAGCUAGUGAAGCUGUUGUACAUAAGAUAGAGAUGGUGUGAAUAAACAUUUCUGCCUCUCAUGCUGUCCCUCAAAACUACUUAUAUCCAACACUGGAAAGAAGCAUAGAAUCUUGUUUAAUGCUGAAUGUUUGAUUUGAUCAGGAUAUCAAAUGGGAUGAUGAGAUUUUCUUUUA